UUAGGAACAAAGGUUUGGGGUUGGUUGGUUGUUUUUUCUACUCGAAACACCUCGGUUGGGUUCAGCAGCCCUUUGUGGAAGAGCGCGAGCUCCCGGGAGGCUGUCGCGUUGUCAUGUCCCCACCAGCGCUUGCAAGGCUUCCAGCCUCGGCAUUACUGUAGCGUUUCCACUUUGGCUCGGCGGCUUUCUUAACAUGUGUUCUGGUCUCUGGAGACUUUAAUCAAGUUCAGACUUUACCAGAAAUUACCUCACAACUUGCAGCGGGCAGAGGAAACUGAAAGCAGCAGCGGAGAGGAGGCUCUCCCGUGCUGCGAGACCGACAGCGAAGCUGCCUUCGGCGGGGGGAGAGGGCAGAUUGCAGGAGAAAUGUUAGCGCCGAUCAAGCAGCCAGGCUGAAAGCCUACCCAUGAGCUCAGAUUUCCAGCAUUACAGUUUCAGGAUGCCGAACAUCGGGUUCCAGAACCUGCCUCUCAACAUAUAUAUCGUGGUUUUUGGCACAGCCAUCUUCGUCUUCAUCCUCAGUUUACUCUUCUGUUGCUACUUGAUCAGGCUCAGACAUCAAGCCCACAAAGAGCUUUACGCCUACAAACAGGUUAUCCUGAAGGAGAAGGUGAAGGAGCUGAACCUACACGAGAUCUGCGCCGUUUGCUUGGAGGAGUUCAAGCCCAAAGACGAGCUGGGGAUCUGCCCGUGCAAGCAUGCCUUCCACCGAAAGUGCCUCAUCAAGUGGCUGGAGGUGCGGAAAGUGUGUCCACUCUGCAACAUGCCGGUGCUGCAGCUGGCGCAGCUGCACGGCAAGCAGGACCCCGGCCCGCCGCAGGGCCCGCUGCCCGGCGCCGAGAACAUCGUAUAGCCGCCCGCCGGCCCCCGCCGCCCCCGGACUCGCGAACAACCAAAGCACCGCGGCGCCGGCGCGAGGCCGGAGCUGCCGGCUGAGAGCACUUUAGCACGGGGCCCUCCCGUCCCCUCCGCCCCCGGGCCCUAAGGAGAGGGGAGGUUGGGUUUUUAUCCCCCUCCUGAAAUAGGGAAUGCGUCGAGGCUUUCUGGCAGCACCCUCCUCGCGCGGAUGAACGGCCGGAGCCCGGGAAGAGCCCUGCGAUGGGAGCAGCAUUGGAGGAACCGGUGCCUGGAGCUGGUGCCCCUCUUCCCAGCGUACAAAAUCCGAUGGGAAGCCCCCUCAGGGCACGGGAACCACUUUGGAAAGCCGAAAGGUCCCUCGGCUCUUCCCAGCCUUGCUGCCCGGUGCCCGCGUUGCUGCCUAAAGGGCUCCUCCAGGACCUGGGGGCUCCUGUCUCCCCCCCACCCCUGGGGGCAGCGCAAGGCUGUAGUUUUGUUGGUCCCGACAUAUUAAUUUCCCGGCCCGCUCCGGGGAAUUCCCUGGCUUUCCUGCGGCCUUGGCAAGCACGGGCGCCCCGGGGCUCGGCCCUGCCCAGCGCGCUCCUGUGCAAACCUGCUGCCUCCUCCUCGAAAGCAGGACAGGGGUUUGGGGGCAGAUGGGAAAAAAAAAAAAAAACAAAAACAAAAAAAAAAAACCCAAAACCCAACUGCUCUCGGUGCUUGGGGGCUUGCAGCCGGCCCCGGGGACACAGAGCCUUCUCCUGGGGCGCUCCCCUUUCCUAUUGCCAAAAAAAUAAUAACAAUAAAUCUACCCUGCGCCCAGUCGGGUACCACUGCUCCCGAGCAGCACCCAACCCUUCCCCUUAGCAGCUCCCUUCUCCCGGGGUGUUUAAAAAAAAAGGGUUAUUCAGUAUUACAUUGUACAGGCUUUCCUAGCGGCGGCGGAGCCUCUUCUUCCUCAUCCUCGGCCAGCCGGGGGCAAGUUUCCCGGAGGCGGGUGCCGGGGGCCCCGACGGCGCUGGGUGCCCCCCUCCUGUAAAUACCAUGCGCCUCCCGAGACUGUUUAUGGAGCGUGGAGCCUCAUAGACGUGUUUGUACACUAAGAAUUCUGCAGCAGAAUAUUUUUUAAGAAACAUUCGCUGUUUUUUUUUUUUUGUAAGCUAUAUUUUUGUAUAUUUAAUUGCUAUUUUAAAAAAUUCUAAUGCGUCUUUUUUGCUAAUCACACUAUUCUUAAGGAAAACGGAUGACAAAAGGAAAAAAAAGUUUGCAUGUGAUUCGACUUGAAAUGUAAAUAAAAAGAAAAAGCAGGUUUUGGAA